ACCAAAAUAUAAACAAAAAGGUCCACGUGCGUUCGCAUGGUGCUUAGUUCGAUUUAAUUCAACAGUUCAAAAUAAAUAUUCUAAUGGCUGAAUUUAAAAGAACAAACGCCCAAAUUUACGCGAAAACAGCUAACAUACUCUCACCGGAUACUAUAUACUGGAAGAAACUUGGUGUACCCACGUUAGUAAAAGAAUUUGGAGCGAUAGACUUCAUUGACUUUAGCCCAGUGGAGCCGUUUUUGUUCGCAGUGACGGCAUCAGUUCGCGUACAAAUCUACAAUCCUGUUACGAAAUUAGUCGUGAAAAAUAUUACCAAGUUCCAAGAGGGUGCACAUGGAGGCUCGUUCCGAAACGAUGGCAAUUUGCUGGUAGCUGGCGAUGAUCUUGGAAAAGUGCGAUUGUUUGACGUUUCAACUAAAUCUAUUCUGCGUUUCUUCGAAGGCCACAAGGCUCCAGUGUAUCGGACUUCCUUCAACGCAGAUGGACAUCAUGUCAGUAGUUUUUCCGACGACAAAACUGUUCGGUAUUGGGAUAUCGCAACAGAAAACCAUAUAAUGACAUUUUCCGAACAUACGGACUAUAUUCGAGCAGGAUGCACUAGUCCCAUCAGCCCAGAUAUUAUUAUUUCUGGAGGAUAUGAUAAGAAAAUCAACAUGUAUGAUACAAGGAUGAAGCAAAAAGUUUUGACUUUAGAUCACGGAAGCCCGGUUGAGUCUUUGAUUUUCCUGCCCAGCGGCGGAAUAUUCAUUAGCGCUGGAGGAACUUCUGUUAAUGUGUAUGACGCGUUGGCGGGAGGAAGGAAAAUUGCGCAAUUAUCACAGCACCACAAAGCCGUUACCUGUUUACAACUAGCUAGUGAUGGUAAACGGUUACUUUCCGGAAGUUUAGAUAGACAUGUCAAAAUAUAUGAUGUGGCUACCUAUCAAGUAGUUCACACUAUAGAUAACCCUAAUGCUGUAUUGAGUUUGGGAGUGUCCAAAAAUGACGAUACACUUGUGACGGGAAUGGUUGAUGGUUUAAUAGCAAUUCAUCGGAGAGACAGCAAUAAGGAUAAAGAGGAUCCACAAACCGAUAGAGUAAAAGGACGUUCAAGAUACGAUAAUAUUUUUGAGAAUGCAGACGAUACUAUUGCUGAAUUCCGGUAUGCCAAAAUAGCACAGUUUGAUCGUAUGCUCAAAAAGUACGAAUAUUCGAAAGCUUUAGAUAGUGUAAUGAUUCCAAUCAUUGCCAAUAAGACCCCUGAAAAAACUGUUGCACUAAUCAAAGAUCUUAUUCGGCGCAAGGGCUUACAGCGAGCGUUACAGAACCGACCGCAUUUUUUCUUGGCAAAAUUCAUCACCUUUCUAACGCGUAACAUCGGAGACUAUAGAUUCACGCCAGCUCUGGUGGACGCUGCCAAUAUAUUGUUGGAUGUUUAUGAAGAUGAUUUUGAACAGUUCAUAGGCACCGAUGUAGGCAAGAUGUUCAUUUUGCUUUCUAGGAGAUUGAAAAAAGAAGAACAAAUAAUCGAUGACUUCCAGCAGUUACAUGGUUUAAUAGAGAUGAUAUCUUCGGCGGCAGACAUAAGUGUUGGAUCCCAUGAUUCGGAUGACCAAGAAGGUGUUGUGAAUGAGGAAUUACAUGCGUCUUUGAAAGCACAGAAGCAAGCCAUUAUUAAUAUUGAUUAACCCAGUUAAUAAAUUUUAAAAAAUAAAGAGAAGUCUUUUGUUCCAAAGAAAACCAUUGCAAUUGCAGGUUAUCCAACAACAUAUGUAUUUUGUUUUUUCUUAAAUUCGUUUUUUUUACCGGCUCAGUUACAUAGGUUUUAAGGUUUUUACAAUAGUUCAAACUAAUGGUCGCAGUGAUUCAAGGCUUCCACAGAAGAAGAAAGAACCCUUCUCUCAACUAUAUUUUUUACUAGUAUAUAUACUCAUUUUCUCUCAAGUCUAUUGUUAAUAAGGUAGGGAACCAAUAACUCGCGGUCGACGAGUAUUUUCUUCAGGAAAAGGAAAGAAAUAGGAAUAGGAAUUAACCGUGUUAGUUUGUUAUUGUUGAGUUUUUCGGGGUUAAAAAGAAAAGUAAAUAAUUAAAAGCGACGUAAAACUGAUUUUUUUCACUCUAAUGUAGUGAUAAGAAAAAAAGUUGAAAAAGUCUGAGCCUAGGGGCAUGGACGGGAUCUUGACAUAGGACUGUGAUUGUGUGUAGUAAUUGCUUUUAAAUUGAGUUUUUCAUUGAUCAAAAUCUGUAUGUUUUUCUUUUUUGAUACAUCAAAUGGAUGCCCUGGAAAAACCGUUUCCUGUAUGUACUUAUAUCCUUUAAACUGGUUAGAUGACAUAACGUGGUAGAAUUCGGUACCGCAUUCUGUUCAAAAAUGUACACAAAAAUAUCAUUAAAGCCAUUCAAUCAUGCAGAAGAAGACAAAGAGUCAUCAUGUAUCAUUUUUAAACACAAGUCUAAAUAGUUAAGAGUUACAUAAAUAAAAGCUAGAGCCAAAAUAAUCUAUGACUACAAAAAUAUAUUAAGGAUUAAAAUAGCAUUAUCUCCUUUGCUACCACGUUGUCCGGAACAUUGUUUGUAAAAACUUUAUAGCCCUGUAAGAUCGCGUCUACUCAAGCUAUAAUAAUCUGAUUUACGUGGGUAUACCCUUUCGAUCUUCUAAAUCAGCAGCCAUUUAAAUUCAUUUAUUGCAUUUUCACAUAACCAAACAACAUACUCGAUAAUAUGACAUCCUGAGCCACAAUUACACAAAUUAUUAGUAAUGAGACCUACACGAUAAAAACAUGAAUUGAACACAAAUUGAUUGGACAACAUACAAUAUAAUAUAAAAUUAAUGCCUAUUAUCGGUAAAUGGAGAAUAAUUCAUUUUACGCAUCAACUCACAUUAUGAGCUAACGCCCGAA